AUGCCGUUAUUAGUAUUUAAGAAGUUAGGCCUCGGGGAGGUCAAGCCAACAACAGUGACUCUACAACUAGCUGAUAGGUCCCUUACCUACCCACGAGGAAUUAUUGAAGAUGUGCCAUUUUUAACAACUAGAAGGGCAUUAAUUGAUGUACAAGGGGGACAAUUGACAUUGAGAGUGAAUGAAGAAGAGGUGAGGUUCAACAUUUACCAAGCAAUGAAGUACUCAGAUGACAAUGACACUUGCCGCAGGAUUGACUUCAUUGAUUCUGCCGUGAGAGAUGAGAAGUUAUGUAUUGAAGAUCCUCUAGAGUAA